AUGACCGGACUGAACCAAACCGAAUUUUUAAUUACAAAAAUUAUCUGCACUGGCGCUCUCAUUUUAGAAGACUGCGAUAUUUCGUUAAUAUUUUAUUUAGGCUGCAGAUCGGCAUCAGCAGGAGUCAUGGAAAAUUGUUCCUUUAGUGAAUGUUUGAAAACGCGGGAAGAAAACCAAAGAUCGGUGAAUAAAUUUGUGGAGAGCUGGCAAAUCCUCACAAAAAAUGGACGCGCACCUUUCCCAUGCUUUUACGACACUCAGGAGCACAACAACGUCAUCGUUAAGAAAACUUACACAACAUCGGACGUCGUUCACACGAUGCUGUGGCCCUCUCUCGUCGUUCUAGUCUGCGGGAUUAUAUUUCUUCGUUUGGAGAUGACACGCAGACGGUUGACGUUAUGUGGCAGACAGGCGCCUGAAGACAUGAACGUACCUGUGACAACUGCCACCGCGGUUCAACAACUUGCUGAUUCCUCUAAAUCCUUUUCCAGAAAAAAUAGCAGAGAUCCAUUAUCUUAUUUAAAUGACAUUUACAAUGCAAAAAAUAUCAAAUUUGAGAGUGAAAAUAUUCGUCAAGCAUUCCCUUAUCAUUUUCGCCAGACAGCUGAUAGCAACAACAGCAGCAUAAACAAUAAACAUCAAGGCGCUUUAAAUUUUUUACACUUUCAAAAAGCACAGUGCUCAACAACCGUAGAAAAACAUCUACACGACCCUUUCGUCAGACACGUGAAGCAGAAGAGAUCCGGGAUGACGUCAUCUUCCGAUUCCUCCACGUUAUGCAAGUCCAUGCCUUCUCUUCACAGAGAAAGUUGCAGCAUCCCGAUCAAUGCGAUGGCGAUGCUGAUUGACCAGCGAGAAAUUUUGAAUCCGUUAUUGAAGAAUGAAAACAGCGAGGAGAAAGAUUUAUCGUUACUUGAACACCAUAAACAAUCGCUCAAACAGUUCGGCCAACGAAGCGCCAGUGUAGACAAGUACACAACUGGCAACUUGCUGUUGCCCGUUUAG